UGCUCACUAUGACCUGCACGAUAGAGAAGAUCUUAACAGAUGCCAAGACUUUGCUUGAAAGGCUGAAAGACCAUGAUAAUGCAGCAGAGUCUCUCAUUGAUCAGUCUACUGUCCUCCAUAAACGGGUGGCAGCCAUGAAGGAGAUUGGAACGUCACUGUCAGAAAAGUACCAAGAAGAUGCAGCUGAUCUGAAGGACACAUCUAAAUACAAACCUCACAUCUUGCUAUCACAAGAAAACACACAGAUCAGAGACUUGCAACAGGAAAACAGAGAGUUGUGGAUCUCCUUGGAGGAACAUCAAGAUGCUUUGGAACUUAUCAUGAGCAAGUACAGGAAGCAGAUGUUACAUUUAAUAAUGGGAAGAAAAGAUGUGGAUGCUGAGCCUGUCCUAAAAGUGCAUGUUGCUCAUUCUGUGGAAAUUGAGAGUCACGUGGACAGAAUCUGUGAGAUGGGGGAAGUGAUGAGAAAAGCUGUUCAGAUGGAUGAUGAUCAAUUCUGUAAAAUUCAGGAAAAACUAGCCCAGUUGGAGGAUAUGACCCAGGCUGGCUUUUUAAAGGGAAAUCCUAACGAUCUCUUUAAAUUUUGCAUACACUUGAAAAUAAAGAGCUGCGGGAGCUGUUAUCCAUCAGCAAAGAAACUAUCGAGGUGAGGCGAGAGGAGCUGCCUGACAUUGCAUCUCAAGUCACACAAUAACUCUCUCUCCAAACUCUUGACUUUCAAAACUCUAUGGAAACCAACCACCGUAUAGGAAAACAUUUUAUCUUAGUUCUGUUUUAUUACUUCAUGUGUUUCCUGAUAUCCCUGUCUCAUGUCACCCUCUAAUGGCAAGGGUUUGUAUUGCUGCUCAGUCUUAACAGUAUACAGCAGCUUAACAAUGUGGUAUUUAUGCAGCUAUACUCCUUGCAAUUGUUUGUUUCCUCUCAUGAAGAAUGUUUCUGGAUCAGCCCCAAUGGGAGACAUCUAACUCUGUGGCCUGCAAUUCAAAUCUACUUUAGCAUUCUCACUUCAUCAGUGGUUAUAGAACAUUUUACAAGUUGUGAUUUUUUUUCUUAUAUAUAUGAGUGAAAACGUUUAUUGGAGAAGUUUUCUUGUAAAUAUUAAACAUCACUCUUGUAAUUUUGCUUUAAAUAACUCUCCACACAGCAUUUGGCUGGGUUAACAAUGUCACUUAACUACAGACUCUCUGCUUUUUAUUGUAAACAGACCCAGAGAAUGGCAGAGUUGUAAUUUUGCGUGUUUUCUAGCUCUUGUGUUGGAAGGAGUGAACACACCCAAAGCCCAAAAAACUAGGUAAUGUUUAAAAGCAUCACUCUUAAUCCAGAAACGAUAAAUUUUUAAAUGCAAGCUGUCUAUCCCUGUUAGCAAGUAUUCAAAAGAUUUAUUUUCAUGAAUUAAUACUAAACUUCUCAGUUCCAGCAAGAGUGUAGUUUUUACUUCAUCCUCUUCUGAGAGUGAGGUUUUUGUUGGACACAGGUGGAUGUAGGCCUUAUGUUUUUGAUUGGGAGAGAAUUCCUUCCCUCACCCCAGGACAUCUUUGGCAAGUGUGAGUUGGGUAGAGACAAGGGACUUCUGGAAAGGAAAAUAAUGGGAGAAAAAUUCUCUCUUCUCCUUUCUUCCAUCUCAGUUGAAGAAUAAAUGAAAUAACCUAGAAUGCUAUUUUUCUGAAUAACUCAGUGAGUGCUUUGAGACCAGACAGAAUUUUUCUGUAUUCAAGGUCAUUUUUACCAUAGCGCUUCAGUGUAGAGCUGCAAACAGAAUAAUUAUUUAUUAUGGAUCUUGCUCUUAUGGUAAUGUGUGCUGUGAGAUAUUCCACACUCAUGACACUACACUGGGUUGUACAGCAGCUUGAUUAAGAUGUGGAGUUUAAGAAAUUGGAAGCUGAGCAGCAGUUGCCUUCUCAGACAGUCACCACUGAAAUCCUUACUAGGAAGAGGGGUCAAGAGGGUGCUGUUUUAAUGAGUACUUCUGCUAUUCCACUUUUCUAAACGUAAAUGUUCACUGUAGAAUGUGUGACCUUAAAUGUAUUGUUAUCUUUGACUUACUGCUAUUGGAGGGAUUUCCAGAAGAGCAUAAGGGUGCUCAACUCCCAUUGAAGUCACUGAGUUAGGUGCCUAACUGUUGAAAAUCCAACCUUUCAGCACAGCAUCUGAACUUUGGUCCAAGAGCAAAAUACCUCCCUGUUCUUUCCCUUCCCACAAUUUAUCUUCCUCAGUGGAAGUGCUGAGAAAUAAGUUGGCACCUUUCUCAGACUCCACCUCCUGGAUGACCGUACUGCAACCACCAGGACCUGGGAUCCUGAGUACAGAACUUGGAAUUGACAGGAAAAUUGCUGCUCUGCUGUGCUGUACAAACAUAGACUAAUUAGUAGAAACUGGUUCAGUUGUUCCUUAGCACCAGUUGUAGCUUUAUGCCUUUUAAAUAUGCCAUCAGUGCCACUUUCAGUGUCAAAUGAGUUCCUAUAAUGAGCAGAUACAUGCUCAGUCUGUUUGAUUCUGAUUUACACUGUAAAUAUUCUAAGGAAGAAGAUACUAUAAAUAAAUUAGUGUUACUGGGGUGUGCUAGGAUAAUUCUUUCUCUCAUUUGCCUGCUCUAAUCAGUCAGCCAACUUGAAAUAGUUUUCUUUACAUCUCAGAUAUAUCAUGUAUGUAUAUUGGCUUUUUAUUUUUCUUGAAAUAAAUCUCUUAAAGCACA